AUGGAAAAUAUGUCUCGCCAGCUGAUAUGGGCUGUAGCCAUUCUAUUACUAGUUGCAAGGUCGGCCAUGGCUGCACCAUCGUGUGCGCAGGUUAAGCAUGAGACAACUCCUUGCUUGACCUUCCUGCAACUGCAAGGUGAAGUGAUUCAAGACCCAUCUCCGGCUUGUUGUUCAGGUAUUAAGUACAUCGCAAGCCAAGCAAAUACUAAGGCUGAUCGGAUUUCCAUGUGUGACUGUGUAAAGGAAGCUUUGUCUUCCAUCUUGUAUGAUCCUCAGCGCCUCCCUCUUCUUCCCAAUUUGUGUGGAGUGAAACUUAAUCUGCCUCCAAUCGACCAAAAUUAUAACUGUGACGAGUAA